AUGACGGUGGAUACCGUUCAGCAUGCCGCGGGAGAAGCGGCCGUCGCCGAGGUGAGUCAGGCCUUCUUCGAUCCCGCGCGACGAAUAUUCGAUAACCUGGUGAUAUGCGGGUAUCGUCGCUCGCGUCUCGGGAAGUCAUUGCCCUCGAAGGAGACGCCAGACGCGGUUCCCGAGCCGCCGCCCACUUCGGAGAUUUCACGUGCUCCAAGGCGCUUCCUGCUAACAUCCGCACCUCCGCGCUCACCUCGCGCCUCCCCUUCGCCCUCUGCACAGAUCCUGACACACGGCCUGCCCGCACGUCCCGACCACGAGGCACUCGACGGCCGGACCUGCACCCUGGCCGCCGCGAUACUCCUGCUCCGGCGGUACACCGAGCGCCACGACUUCACCGCGCGCGUGUACGACAACCCACCCAGUGGAGCAGCGCCCACGGAUCCGAGCUCCCGAUUCGUCGCCACCGGCUGCGAUUGCGUCGACGUCGGCGUCUCAUUCGACGACGACGCCACCGUCGCGAAUGUGCUCGUCCAAUGCAAACGGGCCAUCGCGGAGGUCGGGACGACACUCACCACAACUCCCGACCUCCUCAUCGCGACGCUCCGUCCCGGCCGCGACCCGGAACCUGUGGCGGCGGCGCUCCUCGCCGAGCUCGAGCACAGCUGUGGUGGGGAUGGGGAAAAAUCCUCCGGCUCGCGCUUCGCGUUCCUGUUCUGCGAGAGGCAGGGCGCGCUCGCCGCGGUCGCCAACGCGCCAGCACGUGCGCGACACGACAUCAAAAGGACCGCCGGCCACCUGAACGUCCUCCUCGCCGCGCUCGGGGGACCCCAAACAGGGCCUUCGCUGCUCCGAGCGCCGGCUUGGUCCGUACCGAUUUGCUCCGCCGAAGAGACGCGUCGACUGCGUCAGUGGAACGCCGCAUCCGAUCGGCCGGGGUACCUCCCGAACCCACGUCCGUGCCCUACACACCCGGGACACCUGGAUCGAAGUGGAUCGAAGUCGUUUCCAAGCCCAAGGGCGACGACGCUUCCCGCGCGCAUAGCGGAGGCGGCGGCGGCGUCGCCGAACGCAAUCGCGGUGUCGACGGAAUCAAAAACGGGAGUCGUCGGCGCCGACGGUGCGGACGCGCGCGGCUGGACGUACCGCGAGCUGACGCGCGUCGCCGCGACGAUCGCGUCGCGUCUUCGACGUUCGAUCGGUCGCGCGGACAUUCGCGGGGAGCGCGUGGGGGUCUACCUGGAGCGGGGCCCGUACCUCGUCGCGUCACUCGUCGCGGUUCACCUGACGGGCGCCGCGUACGUGCCCCUCGAUCCGCUCUACCCCGCGGAUCGAAUCGGGGCCAUGCUGACGGACGCACGCGCGGCGGCGGUGUUGACGUCCGUAUCCGGUGGCCUGGCGAACGAGAUUGGCGCCAUCGUCGAGGCGGCGCGUCGGCAAAGCGAGAACUCCGAUGUUUUCGAACCGCCGGUUGUGUCGCUCGCGGACCUUGAGGAGGAGGUUGACGCGAACGAAGAAAGUUGCGAUUUCGGAGCCCUCGCGGCGGUGGCGCGACCUGACGACCUCGCCUACGUCAUCUUCACCUCCGGGUCCACCGGUCGGCCCAAGGGCGUGCAGGUGACCCACGCGAACUUCAUGAACUUCAUCUACUCCAUGGAGGAGAUCACCGGGGCAGACGCGAACGUCGUGUUAUGCGCGGUCACCACCGUCUGCUUCGACAUUGCCGGCUUGGAGCUCUUCCUGCCGCUUUGCGUCGGGGGUCGGACGGUUCUCGCGUCGCGAGAAACCGCCGCCGACCCGCGCGCGCUCGCGGACCUCAUCGCGCGGGAGGACGUCAACUUCAUGCAGGCCACUCCGACCACGUGGCGAACUCUGAUUCGCUCGUGCGGCGGCGGCGAGGCAGCGACCGGAGCGGACCCACCCGGAGCGGACCCACCCGGAGCGGACCCACCGCUCCGUCGAAUCACGGCACUCGUCGGCGGCGAGGCUGUCCCGGCGGAGCUCGCCGUCGACAUGAUCAACUCGACGCGCGUCGCGUUCAACGUCUACGGCCCGACGGAGACGACGGUUUGGAGCACGUGCGCCGCCAUCUCGCGUUCAAACCCGACCUCCAUCGGCAAACCGAUCGCCAACACGUCCGUCUACGUGGCGGCCGUCGCGGUGGACGAUGAAUUGAACGUUCGCGUCGAGCCGGCGCCCGUCGGCGUUGUCGGGGAGAUUUGCAUCGGCGGCGCGGGCGUGUCGCGAGGGUACGUCGGCCGCGACGCUCUCACCGCCGAAAGGUUCCCGCGCGACCCGUUCUCCGACGAUCCAAACGCGCGGUUGUACCGCACCGGCGACCUGGGCAGGCUUCGACCGGACACGCUCGAGCUCGAGUGCCUCGGGCGGCUGGACCACCAGGUGAAGAUCCGCGGCUACAGGGUCGAGCUGGGAGAGAUCGAGGCCGCGCUCGAGCAGCUCCCGACUGUGGAGCAGGCGGUGGUCGCGGUGCACGACUCGGCGAAGGCUGCCGGGGAGGAAGACGCACGGCAGCUCGUCGCGUACGUGGUGGAAGCCUCCUCCGACGACGGAUCGGACGACGCCGCCAAAGCCGACGAGGAUGGUCGAAAGAAAUCUCACGAUUCCGAUCUCACCAAAGACCUCGCCGAGGCGGAGGCGUGGGGCGCCGUGUACGACGAGGCGUACGCGGCGCGAGACGCCCUGGACGAGUCCGACCCCAGCCUCAACUUCAGCGGCUACGGGAACUCGUACACCCCCGGGCGCGUGCACCGCCCGGAGGUUGUCCGUGAGUGGGUGGAGACCAUCUGCGAGCGCAUCGCCGGGCUCCGGCCGAGGCGCGCGCUCGAGCUCGGCUGCGGAAACGGCAUGAUACUGCUUCGGAUCGCGAAGCUGUGCGAGAGGUACGUCGGCACGGACCUCUCCGCAAACGCCAUCGACUACGUCAGGGAUGUGAUCACGUCGCACCCAGACUUUAUCCUGCCCCACUGCGAGCUGGACAUCGCGGGGGCGCACGAAGCGGCCAGAUUCACGGACAAACACCUGGACACGGUGGUUUGUAACGGUGUCUCGAUGUACUUCCCCUCCGCGGACUAUCUGACGUCGGUUGUGGAGAACUCGCUGACCGCGGUCCGCCCCGGCGGGCAUUUCUUUCUCGGCGAUGUUCGGAACUUCCGGCUGCACCGCCACUUUCACGCCAGCGUCCAGCUAUUCCUCGCCGAUCCAGGUAUGACCUUCCACGACUACCGCAUCAACGUCGCGACGCAUGUUAAACACGAGAAGGAACUCCUGGUGGACCCUGUCGCGUUUCUGGCGAUGGUCAAGCGCGCCCUGUCCCCGUCUCUGUGUGACCGGGUUGUCAUUGACAUGCGCCGGGGGUACCAUCGCACCGAGUUUGGAAUGUAUCGCUACGACGUCGUGUUCAGGCGCCCCGCCGACGCGACGGACGCCCCCAAAGACGGCGGCGCGCGGUACGAUCUUGAACCGUGGGACUCUACGGUCCACUCGCUCGCCGAGAUUGAGGACAUGCUCGUCGGGGAUGCGCCCGAGUACCUCGCCUUCACCGGAGUUCCGGACGCGAGGCUGGUUCACGAGGAGGCGCUCUUGAACGAACUCGAAGACACGGCCGAUGCGCAUGCGCACGCGACCGCGGGUGCCCUUCGCGCGCAUCUCGACAAAGUCGCGGUGGCUCUGGAACGCGCGGCCGUCGAGCCCGAGGAUGUGUACCGCCUCGGUGAGAGGCUCGGGUACCGCGUCAACGCGAUGUGGACACCGGACGAGCCCACGAGGUUUGACGUGGUCUUUGCGAAAGCGUCCGCGCCCGAGCCAGAACCAGUGGCCUUUGCAUCGCUGAGACAUCGCGGUUUAGAUCAUCUCACGGUCGGCGGUGACUGCGAGGAUACCGCAGAGAUGCUCCGCGAGCUUACCAACAAGGGCGCGAGGGCAACCGCGAGCGCGGAAAAGGCACUCACCGACCUCGUCAAGAGGAAGGGUGCCGCCGAAUCGGAGAAGCCCGACGCUCCAGUCAAAACCGACGAAGAAGACGCCGCGGAGAAUUCCGUGUUUUCGAUCGUCCCGGCGGCAAAGGCGCGAGUCUUGCGCGUCGCGCUGCGCUCGAGCCUCCCCGCGUACAUGAUCCCGAGGGCCGUCGUCGGCGUGAAACCCGGCGGGUUGCCCAUGACAUCAAACGGGAAGAUCGACCGAAACGCUCUCCCGGCGCCGGCGACACUGCGUGCGAAGAGCAGCGACAUCGAGGUGGACGCCGGUAUCCGCUCGGUCGAUUACGUCGCUCCCGACGGCGACGCCGAGGAGCUCGUCUCCGCUCUCUUUGAGGAGAUUCUCUUUCCCGAGGGCUCCGGUCAGGUUGGGGCCCUUGACGACUUCUUCGACUUGGGAGGCCACUCUCUCCUCGCCAUGCAGUUCACGGGUAGGCUCGAGGCCGCGACGGGGUUCAGGCUCCAGAUGCGACAGCUCAACGACGCCCCCACGCCCAGAGCCGUCGCCUCUGCGCUGCGCAAUAUUGGGUACGAUUCAAAUGGGGCAAAUCGCGGCUCUUCGAUCGACCGCACCGACAUUCACUCCGUGGAUCGCAGACUCUCGUCCAGCCUGCCCGCGAGCGCCGCGUCGAGCAACGCGCUCACCGUCGUCGACCCGGUCUCGCUGCCUCACGCCUCAGCGGGCACCGUCAGGGUUGAUGAGAUAUUUUUCCCCACCCGGGAUGGCACGAAGCUCUCCGCCAGGCUCUGGCUCCCCGACGGCGUCGCCCUCGACGCCGACGAAUUGCGCGCGCCGGCAGUGAUCGAGAUCCUGCCCUACGGCUACGCCACCGGCACCAUCGACACCGAUGAGGCCACCUACCCUUACCUCGCGGGCAACGGUAUCGCGUGCAUCCGCGUCGACAGCAGGGGCAGCGGAAACUCGGAGGGUGUCCUCGACGACGAGUACUCUCCCCAGCAGCAGAGGGACGCGUGCGACGCGUGCGAGUGGGCCGCGGCUCAGCCGUGGUGCACGGGCGCGGUGGGCAUGAUGGGAUGCUCUUGGGGCGGCUUCAUCGCGCUGCAGGUUGCCGCACUAGCCGGGGACACCGCGGGCAAGGGCGCCGCCAGGGAGGCGCCCAGCCUCCGCGCCGUUUGCGCGGUGUGCGCCACCGACGAGCGCGCCAGCGACGACAUGCACUGGAUGGGCGGAUCGUUACUCGGCGAGAACCUCGCGUGGGGCGCGUGGCUCCUUGACUCGCUCGCCGCGCCCCCCGUGCCGGUGACGUCCUCCGUCGGCACAGCGUCGCCUGUCCGGAUCUCCUCCGGAAACAUAACCCCGUACACUGCCGACUCUGACGGGGAUGAAAACCACUCGGACAACGACCAGUCAUCGUGGGAGAGCAGGUGGGUGAGCAGGCUGGAGGAGCUCAAGCCCAUGCACGGCGAGUGGGCCUCGCUGCACCCGGAAUCUUCCAGGGGUAGAAGCUACUGGAAGGAGGGGUCUGUCGGGUCGGGGGGCAGGAACAUGAUCGCCGUGCCCGUGCUCUCCGUCGGAUGCCUUCACGGCGGAGGGUACGCUAAUUCGACCCCGAGGCUCGCUCGCGCGCUGGGUCCGAACAGGGUCAAGGCUGUCAUGGGCUCCUGGGUGCACAACUACCCCCACCUGUCGAAAUCAGGACCCGCGUUUGGCUUCCUCGCCGAGGUCUUGGACUUCUGGAGGGAGCACCUCUUCGUCCCGGGCAACCCGCUGCCGGGAUCGCCCCGGGAGAACCGACGCGACGUCCCCGGCGUGCGGGUCCACGUGCAGAGACCGCCGCUCGACGGCGGGCCGGUGACGGCGCCGGAGCGUGCGGAAGGGUACUGGGUCGCGGAGCACUCCCAAGACCACCUCGACGCCGCCGCCGACGAGGGAGCCUUCCUACUGGCGUUCACCCCCGAGGGAACGCUCGAGGCUGACCCGCGCUCCGCGAGACGCGACGAGCUCGACAUCUUCUCAGCCCCAAAGGUCAUGCGGGACACCCCGGAGAGACCCGUGGGCGUCGCGUCCGGACGCUGGUUCACCUUUGGCGACGGCGACGACCUCCCGGGCGAUCAGCGCCCGGAUGACGAGCGUUCAGUGUGCUUUGACGGCGCUCCCGUGACGGUCGAGACCGCGAUAAUCGGCGCGCCGCGGAUCACGGUCGCGUGCAGACGGGUCGGGGAGGACGCGACGACGCACAGCGGCGUCGUGGUCGCUCGUGUCUGCGCAGUUGCGCCGGACGGAUCCUCGCACAGGAUCACGUACGGCGUGUGCAACGUCUCCGCCAUGUCCUCCUCUUCACACGGGUCCGUGUCAAACUACCAGGGCGACGAGGACGAAUCCACGUUCGCGGUCACCGUCGCGUGCGACUACUGCGCCUUCUCGAUUCCCGUCGGCUGGAAGCUGAGGGUCGGACUGUCGCAGACGUACUGGCCGGUCAUCGCGCCCUCGCCCGCCGGCUUUGAGCCCCUCGCGGUUGUCGGCGGCGCGUGCGAGAUUCCGGCGCUGUCCGACGAGCACAUAGCCGAUAAGUGGUCAUACUCGGUGGACACGAUCCCGGAGCUCGAAGUUCUCGUCGCACCCCUCGCCACGCGGGGACUGCGCGGCGGCGAGGUUCGAAACGACCUGAUCGGCGCGGGAGCGAGCGCCAAGGUGAUUCGCCGCGCCGACAGCGGCGCGAGGCUGGUGCCCCUCAAGGACUCGAGGCUCAUCGUCGAGUCGCAAGCCGUCGAUGUGAGCGCGAGGAGCGGUCGCUCCCAGCGAAUCGAGCGCCGUCGCGUGAUCAAGGGACUCGCCACGAGCGGUAAAGUGUCGCCAAAGUCCGCGCUCGAUUCGAUGCACGCCUUUGGACCAGCCUCGCCCACGUCGAGGUCGUCCACGCCGGGCCUCGUCGACGCGGAGAUUGUGGUCGGCGCCGAGAUGACCGUCGUCGACGGGGCGUACAAGUUCGACACCAAGCUCGAAGCGUUCGUGACGGAAGAGAACGAAGACUCCGACACGGAAAACAGACGAUCGGUGUUCGCGCGCUCGUGGACCGAGAUUGCGCCGGCGGUUGUCACGCAAGAGUGA